UUGUACUGAAAGGACUGUUCGUUCAGAGUCUCUAAAGCUUUUCUUGGAAAAAUAUCAGAUGCUCCACUGGGAACUUAGUUGAAAGAUACUCCUAAAGCAACAGAGUGGACUGGCAGUGGCUGGAAAGUACUGAUUGGAGGGAAAACGGAAAGUAAUGAAACAGUGAUUUUCUCUGAAUGCUGGUAAUAACUCUUUCCAUUUAAAUUCUGUGUAAACUUUCCAGUGCAUAACAUUAUUGUACAAGACCUCUUCUAGGCAUCUUUAAGUCAAGCAUCACAUAGAGAACAUACUUUGCAUGGCAUGCAUGGCACACUGAAGGCAAGUUUGCAAUAAUCCUGCGCAAUAAGGAAAUAUAGAUUCCUUUCUCUGUAUUUGACAAAAGAGGACACUGAGGCAUGGACUGGCUAAUGGGGGACUGCCCACAGGAGUCCCUGAUCUCACUCCCAGAUACAGCAUGCAAGUCUCCUUUCACAGGAUUAGUCCAACUAAAGAAGAUGGCCCCGACGUGCCUGCGGCCCCUGCUGAGGUACUGGUCCUUCGCCAUCCUCUUCCUCACGCCGCUGCUGCUGCUGCCGCUGCCGGUCGCUGUGCCGACGCGGGAGGCCAAAUGUGCAUAUAUCAUCAUCAUCAUGGCUGUCUACUGGUGCACCGAAGUGAUCCCACUGGCUGUUACCUCCCUCAUGCCUGUGGUAUUUUUCCCUCUGCUUGGAGUUCAGAGCUCUAAAUCAGUGUGCUUGCAGUACCUAAAUGAUACAAACAUGCUCUUUGUUGGAGGACUGAUUGUUGCAAUUUCUGUUGAACAGUGGAAUCUUCACAAAAGGAUUGCACUGAGGGUCCUGCUGAUUCUUGGGGUGAAACCUGCACUCCUCAUGCUGGGAUUUAUGAUAGUCACUGCCUUCCUGUCCAUGUGGAUAAGUAACACAGCCACCACUGCUAUGAUGGUUCCUAUUGUCCAGGCUGUCCUGGAUCAAAUGGACAACACAGAGUAUGAUGUGACCAUGAUGGAACAAGCAACCGGGCAAACAAAUACAGUGAUUGAGCUGGAGGAAAAGAAUGCAUCAGAUCCCCCUUCAGUGCAUGUCAUAAGCAAUGGCCAAGUCCCUGAUGACCCCAGAUCUUCUGAGGAAAAGAAAACAAGGAAGCGUAUAUGUAAGGGAAUGACACUUUGUGUAUGCUAUGCUGCCAGCAUUGGAGGAACUGCAACACUUACUGGAACAGGACCAAACAUGGUAUUGAAAGGACAGAUGAAUCAGUUAUACCCCAAAAAUAAUGAUGUUGUGAAUUUUGCUUCCUGGUUUGGAUUUGCAUUCCCAAACAUGAUUCUGAUGUUGGUACUAGCUUGGCUUUGGUUACAGUGCUCCUUCAUGGGACUCAACUUUAAAAAAAGCUGGGGCUGUGGGACAGAGAGAACAGCUAAAGAAAAAGCUGCAUACAACGUGCUGAAGGCAGAAAUGAAGAAAUUAGGCCCUAUCUCUUAUGCUGAAUUCAAUGUCCUCCUAAUGUUUGUUUUGCUGGUUCUCUUAUGGUUUUCCAGACACCCAGGCUUUGUAAAAGGCUGGGCCACCAGGCUCUUUCCAGAAGGAGAAAAGUAUAUCACUGAUUCUGCUCCUGCUGUGUUUAUUGCCCUGCUACUGUUUAUCCUUCCUGCUAAUAAACCCAAAUUCAUAGGCUGGAAUCCAAGCAUUUCUAACCCUGAACAGACUGAAGAAGAUAUAAAAAAGCCAUUUUUAUCAGCCCCGCUGCUAGACUGGAAUGUGGUUCAGAGGAAGAUGCCCUGGAGCAUUGUGCUGCUGCUGGGAGGAGGUUUUGCUUUGGCUGAUGCAAGCGCAAACUCUGGGCUCUCAGCUUGGCUGGGUCAUCAAAUGACUCCACUAGGAUCUAUCCCACCAUGGGCCAUUGCAACAGUACUUUCACUUAUUAUAGCUGUCUUCACCGAAUGCACCAGUAAUGUCGCCACAGCCACCCUCUUCCUACCAGUCUUUUCAUCCAUGGCUGCAUCUGUCAAGAUCCAUCCUUUGUACGUUAUGCUGCCUGGUACUCUCAGUGCUUCCUUUGCCUUCAUGCUACCUGUUGCAACGCCACCAAAUGCGAUAGUGUUUUCCUAUGGCCACAUUCGUGUUUUGGAUAUGGUUAGAUCUGGAAUAGUGAUGAACAUCAUUGGAGUCUUCUGUGUCACUCUGGCCAUCAACACAUGGGGAAGACCUAUGUUUGAGCUGGACACAUUCCCAACCUGGGCAAACAGCACAGCUAACCAGUGAGAAUUCCUGUGUUAAACAAGAAAAGGACCCAUAAUACUACUCCUUAUUGCCUGAAGCCCUGUAUAGAGAGUCUCGUCACCACUUCAGAUCCAGUGUCAGGUUUUUCUACCUUCUGGGAGCCACACAUCGGUUCAGGCAUGAACCAACUCAAAUUUAUUCCGGUCAUGCUGGAACAAAAAGUGCUGUUUAAUUACACAACCCUAAGGAUCAUGUGUCUGGAUCAUAAGUAUGAUCAAGUGAUCCAUUGUACCUCCAAUCGGGGUCGUGAUUUAGAAUUUAUCGAACUUUAAAUAAAGAGAGGGCAGGCUGUUGUAUCAAAUGCUUUGAACUAUUGUAUCACGGUGUGUACUUGUAAAUCAUUAGCACUGAACACUGCACUCAGGCAGGGGCUAAAAAUUCAUUAACUGUUACUUAUAACCACAAGUCAUCAGCUGUGCAGAGAAAUCCUUGUUGUCACUUGUCUAGUGGAAGAAGGGGUACGUUAUAUUAUGUUAUGAUAUGUUAUGUUACGUUAUGUUGUGUUUUAGUUGGUCCUCAACCAUAUGGUAGAAUCCUUCCAAGUCAACAUCCAACACAUUUUCCAUUGUCUUGUUUUCACUCCCAAAUCUCACUGCAUUUAAACAUGCUUAUUGAAGGUUGAGAUAACAUAGUCCAUGCUGGUCAUGAUUCAUCUGAUGUCUUGGGCAAUUAUGAGUUAGGGCUGUCUUUGUGUUCCUUGCACGGUGGCACUGGCAGGGCCAGGAGCCUUUCUCUCACUCAGCCACAGGAUGUGGUUUCACAUGCCAACCAGUGUUUUGUUAGUGCAAGCCUGGAAAUGACCAGUGACCUCUAGGACUUCACACCUAUUGUGAAAGUUCCUGGAUUAGCCUGAGAUGCCUUGUUAAUUAACUCUGGAAUUUUGGGGUGGUGACAAGGCAUGAAAAAGGCUCUAAUUGCAUGCCUUGUAAAAAUUUAGGGGCCCAAAUAUUAGGGCUUGUGCUGUCUGACAGCAAUGGGAGUUGUCUUGGGUACUUUGGAAUUCAGGUCCUGUGAGAAGAAUGUUUUGUAGUGCCUUUUUAUGUAAUUUCUGAAGCAGAAGUAGUAUACAGAAAGAUUGGUUUUAGACUAGGUGUAUUUGGCCAGUGGUACAUGGAUGCUUCAGCCCUGGAGAUUCAGUUGGGUGGGAGGUAAGGCAGUGUGUUGCAGUGGAGAGAUCUGUGGGCAUGACCUGAGUUCUGUUCCCAGACUUGCACACAAGUCAGUUCACCUCUUUUUGCCUCAGUUUCCCCUCCUGAAGGAGAUGUCAUGGUACCUAUCUACCUCACAAGGGUGUUGUGAGGACAUAAGGGUCAAAUUCUGCACCCAUGGUGAUUCUCCACCUCAUAAUAAAGGGUGCAAGUUAGAAGUUAUAGAAGCAUAGAAUCAUAGAAUUCUGGCCAGAAAAUUCUGGCCUAUAGCAUAGUAGUGUGUGUAAGAUAUUUAAUAGUUUUGUUAUUAACAUUAAUGUUCUUUAUAGAACUGGAAAAAUAUUCACAUUUUUGUCUUUAAAAGUGAGGAAAGUAUUUAUCCACAAAAUGACCAGGUGCUUUUCUGAGCAGAAAAUUACUUCAAGAAUGGUUUGAUUUUUGUGCCUUUAUCUUCUUUGCUCUUUCGAGGUGCUGGGCACCAUAAACUCUCCACUGACUGUUGUUCCCAGGUGCCUCCAAUGGCACCCUGUCUCGCCAGCUGGCUGCAUGUGGUGCAGCCUCACACCUCUUCCAGGGAAUGGUGGAGCAUGUGGACAGACACCGUUCCACUUAAGGAAGAGGCCAUUUCUAGUGCCAAGAAGUGGCUUAGUCACAGACAUUUGUCACCACCUGAAGCUUAUCACUAUUUGAAGAAAUUGAAACCAGGAAUGGUUAAGUACUUUCGGUGCCUUGGCAGCCACCACUUAAUGCUGAUUUGCAUCUGUAGGUAUCUAAAUGCAUUUGAGAAAGGGACUUUUUCUGCCUUCUGAUGGACUUCACAGUAUGAGGACAUUUUGCUGCUGCCAGGCACUUCGUGGUGCUUCCUCUUCACUGUUGCAAGUAACAUACAAUGGAGCUUGCAUGGGUGGGUAACACUGAGCAUGCCUGUCUCAAUUAAUUCAUCCUCUAAAACUGGUUUCAGCUAAAAGCCAGAGGACAGACACCUCCCUGUCCCAUUUGGAGAAAGGAACGUUCUGAAGUUUCUUGAAGGGGAGAAAGUGCCCUCAUCUUGACGAGGGAACAGCUUCCCUCUGUUGCUAUGCAAGUAGAAAGCAAAUACUAUUUUCAUCAAUGGUCACACAGGGUGAUUUAUUGACAGGAGUGCCAGGGCAGGGGCAAUGUUCAUAUGGGGUAAUAAAGAAUGCUGGGUUUAUUAUAACUGUGGUCUAUUUGAUGUGUCACCUCUCUGUCCUGUUAAUAUCAAAUGUUUUUCUGAGACACUUUUAUGACAUCCUGUGAUUUGAUUUGUAUUUAAUUUAAAUAGGCAAGUUGCAGAAUUAGAGCCUGGCAAAUAAAAAAUUUCUAGAAGUGUC